GUAUAUUUAAGGGACCAUAAACUGAAACAACUGUUGGAAAUAUGAAAAUGCAGACAUAAUUUCACAACAUAUUAUAAGCCUCUCUGCAUCAAAAGAAUAUUACAGUAUUUCAUGGGAACUCAGUUUUUUCUUGCUCUUUUUUUCUUGUUCUUUUACUCUUUUUUAGCUAAGCAGAUCCAAGUAAGCUCCAAUUUGGAACACAAAGCUUUACUGGAUCUCAGAUCAUCUUUGGGUAUCAAAGCAAAAAACUGGCCAAGAAAAUCAGACCAUUGCACCAAUUGGACUGGAAUUCACUGCAACAAUGGCAAAGUUGUGGCUAUAAAGUUAACUGAACUAAGAAGAAGUCACCAAGGGAGUCUAUUUCCAAAAUUUUCUGUUGAUUCUUUAGCCAAUUUUACUCACUUGACAUCUUUUAACUCAUCAGGUUUCUUUCUCCCAGGGCCAAUUCCUGAUUGGUUUGGCCAAAAAUUAACUCAGCUCAAAGAACUUGAUCUUAGUUCAAGUUCAAUUCUUGGUUCACUUCCACCAUCACUUGGAAGUUUGAGUAGUCUUAAUUUUCUCUCUUUAUCUAAUAAUUUCAUCACAGGUACUAUUCCUAUAGAACUUGGACAGUUGAGUUCUUUAAGGGCUCUUGAUCUUUCUGGUAAUUCACUCACAGGUUCAAUUCCAAGUACUUAUUCAGAUAUUAAGAAUCUCAGUAUUCUUAAUUUGUCUUCAAAUUUCUUGUCUGGUCCAAUCCCUGUUGAAUUUGGUUCACUUAAUAGACUUAAGUUCCUCAACUUGUCAAAUAACAGUUUGAGUUCUUAUAUUCCUUCUGAAAUUUCAAAUCUUUCUCAAUUGGUAGAACUUGAUCUUGGUUACAAUUACUUGUCAGGGUCAUUGCCUAAGGAUUUAUCAAGAUUGAGAAAUUUGAGGAAAUUUUUUAUUGGAAAUAAUGAGCUAGAGGGUACAUUGCCUAGUAUUUUGUUUUCAAAUGUUUCUAUGUUGGAGUAUAUAAAUCUCAGUUGGAAUCGAUUCAAAGGCGAAAUUCCUAAUGUUUUAUGGUCAUUAUCUCAUUUGAAGAUUCUUGAUAUUUCAGGGAACAACUUCACUGGGAUGAUUUCAAAAUUUUCAUAUUUUAGUACCAAUGAUGCUUCAUAUAACCUUUCGAAUAAUCUGUUCUUUGGAAAUGUGAAUUUUGAUGUUCGGAGUUUUCAAUCGAUUGAUCUGUCCAACAACUAUUUUCAAGGACUAGCACCCAAUAAAUCUGGUAUCCGAGUUGUGAGUAAUUGCUUUAGGGGGUCAUUGAAUCAGAAAAGUUCAGAAGAUUGUGGUAAAUUUUAUGCUGAUAGGGGUCUUAUUUUUGUCGAUGGCAUAAGUGAAACUUCAGUACAAAGAUCCUCAAAGGGUGGGCAUAGACGUUUGCUUAUAAUGGUUGGAGUUUUUGGUGGAGUUGGGGUACUUAUGCUUUUGGCAUUAGCCAUUUUAUUGUUUUUGAAGAUAUGCUACAGAGGAAAUUCAAAUGAAAGAGGCACAUCGAACGUUAGUCCUGUUGUGGAAGGAGGAAAUAAUCCGGCACCAGCAGGAAAGUUCUCUAGUGAUAUAUCUGGUUCGAUCGAAUCAUUUACUUAUGAGCAGAUACUCCAAGCCACAAGCAACUUCAAUGAAACAAACCUUAUCAAGAAUGGUCACACUGGAGACAUUUUUCGAGGAAUAUUGGAAGGCGGUGUCACCGUAGUUAUCAAGAAAGUUAAUGUUGAAAACGAAACAUACAAGUUGGAGUUGGAUUUGUUAAACUUUACAACACACCAUAGGUUGGUCCCUUUUUUGGGCCAUUGCUUAGAUCAUGAGAGUGAGAAAUUCUUGGUCUAUAAACAUAUGCCAAAUGGAGAUUUGUUCGCUUUGUUGUCCCGAGAUACGGAUUUAGAAGACGAAGAAAAUCGACAGUCUUUGGAUUGGAUAACAAGAUUAAAAAUUGCAAUAGGAGCUGCAGAAGGUUUAGUUUAUUUGCACCAUGAGUGUAAUCCUCCCCUUGUUCAUAGAGAUGUUCAAGCUAGCAGUAUCCUUCUUGACGAUAAAUUUGAAGUAAGGCUGGGAAGUUUGAGCGACGUGUGUGUACAGGAAGGUGAUAAUCACAAUAUGAUCACAAAGUUUUUUCGCAUGCCAAAGAAUUCUGUUGGAGAACCUGAUGGAUCUUCAUUUACAAGUUGCACUUAUGAUGUAUACUGUUUCGGGAAGGUCUUACUUGAGCUUGUAACUGGUAACGUUGGCAUAAGCCACCCGGACGAGUUGGACAAAUUUCUUCCAUUCAUCACUAUGCGCGAGAAAGAACUAGUGGCCAAGAUCAUCGACCCAUCUCUAAUUCUAGACGACGACUUAAUUGAAGAGAUGUGGGCUGUAGCACUAGUAGCCAAAGCAUGUCUUCAUCCGAGGCCUUCUAGACGUCCUGAAAUGAGACGGGUACUAAAAGCUCUUGAGAACCCUUUCAAGGUUGUUAGAGAAGGAAGUUUUAAUUCUAGGAGGCUAAGAACAACUUCAUCGAGGCGAUCUUGGGGUGCUGCUUUUCUUGGUAGUUGGCAUUAUAGCUCACAGGAUAGUACUAAUGCUAGUGGUCAAACAAGCAAAGAGGUCGGCAUGAACCUAAAACAGCCAGGAAGAGUAGGAUCUCAUUCUCAUAGCAGCGGGAUUGAACAUUCAUCAUCGUGUAAGAGAUCGUCCAGUGAGAUUUUCCCCGAACCUCAGGAAACGCUAGAUAUAGAGAGACAAGAUACGACCUAGCCGUCCCGAGAGUUUAAACGUAUCUUAUCAUGUGCAUUGGUUUUGUAAGUAUCAGGGGUUUGAUUUUUUGUUAGAUGAGCGGUAGGUGCUAUGAUCGUCCUGAAGACAUGGGGUCACACGCUAUACACAAGUUAUGCGGUUGGUAAACUCUUUUCUUCGGCGACGGACUAUCAAGUCGAUCAGUAUUUUUGAAUAUGUUGUUACAUCAUGUACAUACAUGUAUUCUGCUUUCCUGUUUUUAUUUUUGUUGGUUACAAAUGCUCAUGGCUUUGUAAAUUUUCAAAAGUUUACUCUGUC